AUGCAAGACCCAUUACUAGCUUAUUCAUUUUUUCCAGAUUCUAGCAGUAUCUUUUUGAGACAUGUUCAUGAAGUUUUGCUAUCGUUGGCUUUUUACACUGUCUGCUAUCAGUAUGUGGCACCAGCUGUAAACAAGAUGGUCUUUGGUGAAAAGUACACUAAUAUUAAAGAUGACGGUUUGAAAAUUGAUUUUGACGUUCACACAGUGUCUAUGUUUCAAUGUGUCGUAACUUACAUCUCCAUUUAUCCAACUAUUUUUUUGAAUUUACCUAGUGAUUCUGUUUAUAAUCUAGGUAAUUUUGCUGACGAAAGAUGUUCCAUGGUCACAGCAAUCGCAAUGGGUUAUUUCAUUUGGGAUUUAUAUCUUUGUGUACGUCAUUAUGACAUUUAUGGAUUUCAAUUUACUUUGCAUGCUUCCGCUACAAUGUACGUUUUAUGUCUAACAAUGAGACCUUUUGCGCAAACGUGGAUCUCAAAAUUCUUGAGUUUCGAACUCAGCACACCUUUUGUGAAUAUCAAUUGGUAUUUCAUGCAAAUUCUCAAGAAUGAAAAGAUUGGAAAAUCAGGCGUUAACGCACAAGGUUCUAAAAGUGCAACGAUGUCAUUAUUGAACACUUUCAAUAUUGUAAAUGGUAUUUGUUUGAUGGUAGUGUUUUUCUUUGUUAGAAUUAUCGGUGGUCCAAUAAUGUUACUUGGAGUGCUUUUUGAUGUUCUAGAGGGAAUUAAUGAGCUACCAGUUAUUCACUACACAAUGCUAUUAUCAUUAAUGAUUGCUAUGGAAACUUUGAGUGUGUUCUGGUUCAUGAAGAUGAUUAAAGUGAUUAGAAAGUUGACUAAUAAAAAAUGA